CUGUGGCCAUUAAACUAAUAUACUACUUAACCUUACCCUAUAUUUUUGUUUUUAUUAUUAAUUUUAUCUUCCAUUUGUUAACACCUAAAUAUCGACAGUGUUAUGUCUGAUACUAGUGACGAUAAUCAAGAACGGGACCCCCAAGGCCCUAUUGAAAAUGCAUGGGCUAUGAAAAUUCCUUCGUUCAAACCUGAAGAUAAUCCACAUGGACUAUUAGAAGAAAGUUCAUUCUCCACGUUAUUUCCCAAAUACAGAGAACAAUACUUGCGACAAGUUUGGCCGUUAGUACAGAAACUCCUCAACGAGUAUCACAUCAAAGCCGAACUGGAUCUAAUUGAAGGUAGUAUGGUAGUCCGAACAACAAGAAAAACAUGGGAUCCAUACAUCAUCAUUAAAGCAAGAGAUUUGAUUCGUUUAAUGUCUAGAAGUGUACCUUUUGAACAAGCCAAACGGAUCUUAGAAGAUGACGUUAGUUGUGAUAUUAUUAGGAUAGGUAAAAUAACAAGAAAUCGAGAAAAGUUUGUUAAAAGAAGGCAACGUUUAAUUGGACCUAACGGCUGCACCCUCAAAGCUAUAGAAUUACUCUCAAAUUGUUAUAUUCUUGUACAGGGACAGACUGUAUCUGCUUUGGGGCCUCACAAGGGUUUACAGCAGGUGCGCAAAAUAGUUGAAGACACAAUGAAAAAUGUUCAUCCUAUUUAUAAUAUCAAAGCUUUAAUGAUUAAAAGAGAGUUAAUGAAAGAUCCAAAAUUAAAGAAUGAAAAUUGGGAAAGAUUUUUACCUAAAUUUGUCAAUAAAAACAUAAGCAAGCGUAAACAACCUAAAAAGAAGAAAGAAAAAAAACCUUAUGUUCCAUUCCCUCCAGCUCAAACAGAAAGCAAGGUUGAUAAACAACUUGCUACAGGUGAAUAUUUCCUUAACAAAGAGCAAAGAAAAAUUAAGAAGCAAAAGGAGAAGGACGAAAAACAUGCCGAAGCGGCUAAAAGACGAGAAGAAAAGAGGAAUGAAGCAUUUAUUCCUCCUCAAGAACCAGGACCCUCGACAUCUAAAAAAACUGAUACAGUUAAAACAAUGGUUGACAUAGCAGCAUUGAAAGAGAAAAUUAUGAAGGCUAAGAAGAAAACAAAGAAAACUGAUUUUAAAAUAUAAAUAAAUAAUUUGUAUGAAACAUAAAAUUAAUAAAUAAAAAUGUCCACAACUACUUA